UUAAGGAUUUAUUAAUUCUUCAUAAUGGACAAAUAUACCCCCAAUACAUUUUACACUCUUAACUUUUCAAUACCCACCACUGUGUUGUCUUUGCCAAUACCACCAUUGGGUCAUUGUCGCCACCACCAACACUACCACCACCAUUGUGCCACUACCAUCACUACUGCUGCCAUCACCAUUGUGUUGCCGCCACCACUAUCAUUAUGUCACCACCAUUACCAUUGUGCCACUACCAUCACCACAAUCACCACCAUCACCAUCACCAUCACCACUACCACUGCCACCACCAUUGUGUCAUCGCCAUCAACACUCCCACAAGCCACUACUACCACCAUUUUGCCACUGUUACUACCACCACCAUUUUGGUACGGACUUUGGUACUUAUUAAAUCAACCUCCCUUGACUAAGGAUAGUGGCAGACCCCCCAACCUUCAUCCACAUAGGCCAAUAUCUCAUAUCAAUCCAUCCUACCUUCUUUAAAUUGGUUUAGACUAAUAUGCUUCUCACCCCUAUUGUCAAAAAAGAAACACAAUUUUACAGGAACCUUAAAACCAGGACUACAGUGUCUUAUGCUGAACUUCUUUCACCCACUCUCAAUGAGCAGUUUGAUCUUUUGUAUGUAUGUGGUUGUAAGUGGAACUAUGUAAUCUUGUUGAUAAUGAUCUCAAGGAUUCAUCUUUAAAGGAUUGGGUUUGAGAGGCUAUCUCAAUUUUACGAAAUUAACCAGAUUUUUUUUUUGACUAUGAACGCUUUCUUGUAGUCCAGUGGUAUCAUUUGUCACUUUUUGUUUUUUGGCAACCUAGCAUUUUCCCUGGGAUAUUCGAAUCCUUGACUUAAGACUUGUUAAAACACUUAAAAAGUGGUUUGUACUACCACUAGACUAAACAUUUGGGGUUGUAGUAUCAUCUGUCAUCUAGAAGGGUAGUUGGAGGUAGGUUUGAGACUAUUAGGAUGCCCGAUUAAUUAUUGGGUUGGGAAAAAAAUACCAAAACAACAAAUAGUGGAAAGGAUAAACUCACUGGUGGUGAACUGGAGUCGACUGGACUAGGGAGAGAGAGAGAGAGAGAGAGGGAAACUCGCUGCCGGUGGACUGGACUGGAUUCCUGGAAGCUGGACUCAGUUGGUGGUGG